AUGUUUUGGCAACAAAAAUGCAAGAUGAGCCCCAGGCUGGGCUCCUUCAUGGCAGGCAUUUUCACCAUCUUCCUCACCAUCCAGUCCCUCAUUCUCGACUUGAACCAGACGUCUUCCUUCGGGAAGGAUCCCAACAAAUUCAACAUCUACAAGGAGCUCCAUGGCGUGAUCCUCUGGACUUUCAGUCACAAGAAUAACAUUACCAUCUUCCUGUCCAUCACCACGCUCCUGGCUAGUUGCUUCCUGCUCUACUCUGUGCACAUGAAACUUUACCUGGGCCUCUUCGUCUACAUCCUCUGGAUCAUCAUUUAUGAAAUCACCUGCUUCUCCCUAAUCCUGCUAGUCUCUCAGGUCAUCCAGCCUCCCUUUCUGCCAAUAAAGUACUUCCUGUGGAUUUACCAAAUUUCCCGAAUGAUCCUCCAGGCCUUCUGGCUACCCUUUGUCAUGACCUAUGCCUACAGUCUCUUUAAGGGCCCAAACCACUUGGCCAAGAAGAGUCCCCGUACCAAACAGCAGUCUGACAGUGCAUCAGAAUACUGGUCCCACAUAGGUAUAAUGACCUAUGAAAGAAAGCUCACCUGA